CCAAUUCUAUAAUCAGUUCGUAAAUUCCCUUAAACUGAUUAAGAUCUGGUGAUGUGAUUUAUAUUGUCUUGUGGCGGUAAACGUAGAAAUAUUCCAACUAAAUAAGUUUUAGACUUUCGCGUAGAAGCAUCUAAAUUGCAGUGUUUUCGCUCGCAUAGCAAAGAGAAUUCAUUUUUUUAAAGUUAAAUUUGUUCGAAAGUGAUUACAGUUUCGGCCCUAGGACUGUAGGUGGUGGCUAGGACCUGAUUAUUUUUAAGUGAGACAUUUGCACAUUAUGGACACCGAUCAACCGAAAGGACCAACCCUUUAUGGAGAACUGCCACUGAAAGUAGUGGUUGAGGACGAGAAUGCUUCGACAUCUUCUCAUGGAACGGAUAAAGCUGCCAGUCAAACGAAAAAUGCCUCAGACGAGACCGAAGGAACAAAUACUUUGCACUUCAGAAAAUUGACAAAACGAAACAGUCAGAAUGAACAUCAUAAGUCGCCGAUUACUUUUAUUGGACAGCAACAGUUUACUUUCAAUCGUUUGUCUUCACAUGCACCGUCACUAUACUCAACACAUCACACAGACCACGAUCAUCUGAUUCCACCGGCAUCAACAAGUCGCGAAAAAUCAAAGCAUUCCAGACGCUACUUCGCUACAGUAUUCGCCAUAAUAUAUGCUGUGUUUCUGGUAAUCUUUGCACUUGUUGCAUUUAUCGGCGAUGCAUUUUAUAGUCAAUAUCCACUCGCACAGGCUUAUUGCAUUACCAUGAUAUCGAUUGGAUUCAUUUAUUUCAUUUUCCUCUAUAUCGACAUUCGAUUACACGUGCGUAAAGCAAAGAUAGCAAUCAAAGAAAGACAACGCAGACAGCGAUUGUUUGAGGAGUAUUUGGAGAAGAUAAAUGCAUCAGAUUUAGAGGGGCCAAAAGAUCUUAAUGAUAUUAAUUUAAAUAUAUACGUUGAUGCGGAAGAUUUCGCAACGCACGAACUAAAAUUGGAGCCCGUCAAACCCGUGUCUCAUCGAUAUUGUUUCAUGACCGGACGUCAUGGGGAAUUUAUGUACCUAAAAUUGGGAGCUGCCUGGUUUGCGUUUGGUUUGUUGAUCCAUUCCGUUCUCCUGAUCAUAUACCAAGUGGUCUUUCUGACUGCAAACGAUUACACAUUCUACAAAUGUGCAUCGGUCAUUACGUUAGCGCUAGAGAUUCUUUUCCCGAUAUACUCGCUGUUCAUCCUAUUUUUCAUAUUCAAAUACAUCAACGUCAUCAUCAAUGAGUACCGUGGCGUAGCCCGUUUUUUCUUAAUGCAUGCCAUCGGAACGUCUUUGGCUAUGUGGAUUCACACCAUCGUCCGUGAGACUGCUGGUGCCAUCGCCAUUGCGCAACGAUACGAAGAUGGAACUCCAACCAAUCCAGAUUUUGAGUGCUUCGGACCGGAUGAAUUGAACUAUGUUCAUCGCACGGUUUCACCAUAUCUAUAUCCGUUCAUCAUUGAGUUUAACAUUCUGAUCGUUGGCAUUUGGUACAUGAUUUGGGCGAACAUCAGCCACUGUCCGAAGAAAUUAUCUGCUCCCGGACAUGGUCAUCAUGGUCAUGACACCGAAAAGUCGAAUCAUUCGGAUGAAAAUAACAAUCAGCAUUCGAUUGAAGACGGUCAUGGAAAACCGAACGGUCUUGUAAAGCAGUCGGCUUCAACACCCAGUGAAACGGACCACUGUGGUACAACAACAGAACACGACUUACAAUACAAAUCGAAUUCAGUCGUCUAUGCCGAUUGCAAUGCAUCCAACAGGGGCUUAUUUGCCGGUCUUGUCGCACUGGUGAUUACAAUCGUCUUCAUCAUUCUUUUCCACAUCACUGUUUCAUUUGAGUACUACCUAUACACGGGAGUUCUGGUCAACGGAAUAUUCUAUUGCGUGCUGCUCGGUAUUAUGAUCAUAGCUACAGUACUGGCUUAUUUCCAAAUAACCAAACUAGACGUGAAUCACCAUCCAAUGUCUAAACUCGACGACGUCCUACUUUUCAUUGCCAUUCCGGCAUUUUUCUUGGAAACAAUAUUCAGUAUGGUUCCGGCUAUUGAAAACGGCUCCACGUUGAACAUCUUCAUCAUUUUCUUUCAACUGAUUCAAGUCAUCAUUCAAACACCAUUUAUUAUUGAUGGACUGCGUAGAUGCUGCAACGAUUCGCAUUUGAGACAAACCAAACCGGGCAGAGAGUUGGUUGUAUUUUUGAUAAUCACAAAUGUCGCAUUGUGGGCAUUUUAUACAUUUUCUGUUAAGACCGAGUACAUUGCUGAUGAACGAUACGAUUUCUACGGCUACAUUUUAUGGAACAUUCUAAAUCACAUUUCACUGCCACUGAUUAUGUUCUAUCGGUUCCAUGCGUCUGUAUGUCUUGUUGAUAUGUGGCGUCAUGCUUACGAACCAGCUCCGGCUGAACACUAACACUAACACCAUCGAAGUGAAUUGAAACGAUUUCUUUUGUUUAAAUUUAAAAUUAGCUUAAAACUAGAAUUAGUAAGAAAAUUAUUUUCCAGUUAAAGAAGAACCAGAAUGCAAUGUAUAUAUGUAUAAAAUGCGCUUCAACUUUUUCACUACAAAAAUAAGCUCUACUCUCAACCGUUGUAACCAUUCAGUCCAAUAAAAUUAUUUACUAAA